CCGAUCCCGAGAGGGGAGGGAAAGAGAUAAAAAAAAAAAAAAAAAAAAGCCACAACAAGCGCACGAGGGAGCCGGCCGAGCGCGCUGGAGGGCCACGCCUCCUCCCGCCUCCCCCCGCAGCCCUGCAGCUGGGGGCAGAGCUCAGACUUUCUUCUGAAGAUUGAUGUAUAUUUCCUUGAGUUCUUUAAUUUUCUUGCCAAUUUGGAUAAACAUGGCACAAAUCCUGCAGGGAGGUCCAGAUGAAAAGGAAAAGACUACAGCUCUGAAAGAUUUGUUAUCCAGGAUAGAUUUGGAUGAACUCAUGAAAAAAGAUGAACCACCUCUUGAUUUUCCUGAUUCCCUGGAAGGAUUUGAAUAUGCUUUUAAUGAAAAGGGGCAGCUAAGACACAUAAAAACUGGAGAACCAUUUGUUUUUAAUUACCGAGAAGACUUGCACAGAUGGAACCAGAAAAGAUACGAAGCUCUUGGAGAGAUUAUCACGAAAUAUGUAUAUGAGCUCCUGGAAAAGGAAUGUAAUUUGAAAAAAGUCUCUAUUCCAGUAGAUGCCACUGAAAGUGAACCAAAGAGUUUUAUCUUUAUGAGUGAGGAUGCUUUGACAAAUCCACAGAAACUGAUGGUUUUAAUUCAUGGUAGUGGUGUUGUCAGGGCAGGUCAGUGGGCUAGAAGGCUUAUUAUAAACGAAGAUCUGGACAGUGGCACACAGAUACCUUUUAUUAAGAGAGCUGUGGAUGAAGGCUAUGGAGUAAUAGUCCUGAAUCCCAAUGAAAACUAUAUUGAAGUAGAAAAGCUGAACACACAUGCACAGUCAUCUUCUGACAGUUCCGAUGAACCAGCAGAAAAGCGGGAAAGAAAAGACAAAGUGUCAAAAGAAGCCAAGAAGCGGCGUGACUUCUAUGAGAAGUAUCGUAACCCCCAAAGAGAGAAAGAGGUGACGCAGCUGUAUAUCAGGGAGAAUGGGUCUCCUGAAGAACAUGCAGUCUACGUUUGGGACCACUUCAUAGCCCAGUCUGCUGCAGAGAAUGUCUUCUUCGUUGCUCACAGCUAUGGAGGACUUGCUUUUGUUGAACUGAUGAUUCAACGAGAAGCAGAUGUAAAAAGUAAGGUAACGGCUGUGGCAUUGACUGACUCUGUUCACAAUGUGUGGCAUCAAGAAGCUGGCAAAACGAUUCGUGAGUGGAUGAGAGAGAACUGUUGUAAUUGGGUCUCUAGCUCAGAACCACUCGACACAUCAGUGGAGUCCAUGCUGCCUGACUGUCCACGCGUCUCAGCAGGCCCCAUAUUUGUUGAAGGCGAUGGAUUAACCUCUCAAGCUCCUUGGCCCAAGCAGCACUUGUCUUGGACAGUCUCAUCAGCUCCCUCCCUCUGAUCUCUGUUUUUAUUCCAACCAAAUGUAUUCCUUCUUAUUUCCCCUGACUAUUACUACUUCUGUAGCGUAUUAAAUACACUUUUAAGGGAAAUAUCAAGACUGCCCUUAACAAUAUGGCCUUCAUUUCAUUCAUAUCAGCUCCUAUGCAUAAACCCGG